CUCCUGGGUUUAAUCUCAACCUGGCCGCCGGUCAAGCUCGGCUAGCACGCAUGCUAAUGAGACGGAAACUAACGAUAGUGGCGAGAUGGCUUGUCAGCGGAGCCGGAGUGCGGGCUAACCUUUGCGAGCUUCCCGGAGUUAGAGUUACUGCCGAAAAGAAGCCCAGGGGGGGAGUGUUUAUCGUCCCGAUUGAUGUCUCAUGUAUAUUCACUUAUUUCCUGUCUUUUUUUGUUCUUAUUCCUCUCUGGUUCCCCCCCUACCCUACACUCACCUCGACUUGGACGGACUCAAGCCUGGGUCAGAACUCUGGAUUACCCCGCAAACUUUAUUUAGUUAGCUAAACUGCUAGCUAACUAAAGGGAGAAAGUUUCCUGCUGUCCGCUAUGUCUGGAAGCGACGAUGACAGGGACGAUUACGGAGCCCCCGGGGACCGGUUAAUGCACGAUGACGAGGAAGAGGAGAUCUCUGAGAAUGAGGCUCCAAAAGUGAGGAAGAAGAAGAAAGCAAAGAAGAGCAGAGAGAGCAAGGGCAGCAAGCGGCGGUCUCGCAGAGAGGAGCUGCCCAUCAGCUCCCCGGAGCCCAUGGACUUGGGCGGCGUGGACGAUGGUGAAGAUGGCGGCCCUGGCCAGCGCUCAGAGAGCGAGGGCAGCGACUACACUCCAGGGCGGAAGAAGAAGAAGAGAGCCAGCAGCAGCAAGGACAAGAAGAGGAGCAGUGCUGCAGCCGAGAGGAGCUCCUCCAAGAAGAAAGAACCAGAACCAGAGGAAGAUGAGGACGACGAUGAUGACGAUGGCAUGGAGCCAAAGUCGUCUUCUCAGCUGCUGGAUGACUGGGGCAUGGAGGACAUCGACCACAUCUUCACCGAGGAAGACUACCGCUCGCUGACCAACUACAAGGCUUUCAGCCAGUUCGUCAGGCCCCUCAUCGCAGCCAAGAACCCAAAGAUUGCUGUGUCUAAGAUGAUGAUGGUUCUGGGUGCAAAGUGGCGUGAGUUCAGCACCAACAACCCCCUGAGGGGAGCUGCCGCUGCCAACGCCGCUCUGGCCACUGCCAAUGUGCCAGCCGCAGUUGACAACAUGGUGGCUGAGGUCACGCCGCCCGCUGCGGCCCAGCCGCCUCUGGCAGGGACUCAGCAGGCUCCCGCUCCCCCGCUCCGCAAGGCCAAGACCAAGGAAGGCAAAGGUCCAAACGCCCGCAAGAAGUCAAAACCUGCACCAAAACCGCAAGAGAAAAAGAAUAAUACCAAGACGAAGAAAGUGGCUCCCCUAAAAAUCAAACUGGGAGGCCUCAACAGCAAGAGGAAGCGCUCAUCAAGCGAAGAGGAUGAGCCCGAUGUGGACAGUGAUUUCGACAAUGGCAGCAUCAACAGCGUGUCGGUGUCUGAGGGGUCAAACAGCCGCAGCAGCCGCAGCAAAAAGAAGCCAUCCAAGAGCAAACCCAAGAAGAAGAAAGACGCAGAGGAUGGUGACGGCUAUGAGACGGACCAUCAGGACUACUGUGAGGUGUGCCAGCAGGGGGGAGAGAUCAUCCUGUGUGACACCUGUCCCAGAGCGUACCACAUGGUCUGCCUGGACCCCGACAUGGAGAAAGCGCCCGAGGGCACCUGGAGCUGCCCGCACUGUGAGAAGGAGGGCAUCCAGUGGGAAGCCCGAGAAGAUGGCUCAGAUGGUGAGGAGGACAACGGUGACACAGGCGACAUGGAGGAGGACGACCACCACAUGGAGUUCUGCCGGGUCUGUAAAGAUGGCGGAGAGCUCCUCUGCUGCGACUCGUGCCCCUCGUCGUACCACAUCCACUGCCUCAACCCGCCACUCCCUGAGAUCCCCAACGGAGAGUGGAUCUGCCCCCGCUGCAUGUGUCCACCCAUGAAGGGGAAGGUCCAGAAAAUCUUGACAUGGCGGUGGGGAGACCCUCCUCCUCCCACACCGGUUCCCCGUCCUCCAGACCUCCCGGCCGAUGCCCCCGACCCCGCCCCACUGGCAGGGCGGCCUGAGAGGGAGUUCUUUGCCAAGUGGUGCAGCAUGUCCUACUGGCACUGCUCGUGGGUCACGGAGCUCCAGCUGGAGCUUCACUGCCAGGUGAUGUUCAGGAACUACCAGAGGAAGAAUGACAUGGAGGAGCCGCCGCCUAUCGACUUCGGUGAUGGAGAGGAGGACAAGUGCGUGAAGAGGAAGAGCAAGGAUCCUACAUAUACACAGCUGGAGGAGAAAUACCUCCGCUUUGGGAUUAAGAUGGAGUGGCUGAUGAUCCACAGAAUCCUCAACCACAGUGUGGACAGAAAAAGUAACAUCCACUACCUGAUCAAGUGGAGAGAGCUGCCGUACGACCAGUCGACCUGGGAGGCCGAGGACAUGGACAUACCUGAGUUUGACACGUACAAGCAGCAGUACUGGAACCACAGAGAGCUGAUGAUUGGAGAGGAGGGACGACCUGGGAAGAAGAUAAAGGGGAAAGGAAAAGUGAAGCGGCCUGAAAGACCUCCUGAGAACCCGGUGGUAGAUCCGACCAUCAAGUUUGAGCGUCAGCCGGACUACCUGGACAGCACGGGGGGGACUCUGCACCCCUACCAGCUGGAGGGACUCAACUGGCUGCGGUUCUCCUGGGCUCAGGGCACCGACACUAUCCUGGCCGAUGAGAUGGGUCUGGGAAAGACGGUGCAGACCGCCGUCUUCCUCUACUCGCUGUAUAAAGAGGGUCACUCCAAAGGUCCGUUCCUGGUCAGCGCACCGCUCUCCACCAUCAUCAACUGGGAGAGAGAGUUUGAGAUGUGGGCGCCCGAUAUGUACGUGGUGACGUACGUUGGAGACAAGGACAGCAGAGCCGUCAUCCGGGAGAACGAGUUCUCCUUCGAUGACAACGCCAUCCGGGGAGGCAAGAAGGCCUCCAGGUUGAAGAAAGACGUAUCCAUCAAGUUCCACGUUCUGCUGACCUCCUAUGAGUUGAUUACCAUAGACAUGGCCGUCCUGGGCUCCAUAGAUUGGGCCUGUCUGGUGGUGGACGAGGCCCACAGGCUAAAAAACAACCAAUCAAAGUUUUUCCGGGUGUUGAACAACUACUCGCUGCAGCACAAACUGCUGCUGACUGGAACUCCUCUGCAAAAUAACCUCGAGGAGCUUUUCCACCUGCUCAACUUCCUCACACCUGAGCGGUUCAGCAACCUGGAGAUCUUCCUGGAGGAGUUCGCUGACAUUGCCAAGGAGGACCAGAUCAAGAAGCUGCACGACAUGCUGGGUCCGCACAUGCUCAGGAGGCUGAAGGCUGACGUCUUCAAGCACAUGCCCUCCAAGACUGAGCUCAUUGUUAGAGUGGAGCUCAGCCAGCUGCAGAAGAAAUAUUACAAAUUCAUCCUGACAAAAAACUUUGAGGCCUUGAACACCAAAGGAGGAGGAAACCAGGUUUCACUGCUCAAUGUUGUCAUGGACCUCAAGAAAUGCUGCAACCACCCCUACCUCUUCCCUGGAGCUGCUAUGGAAGCUCCAAAGAUGCCAAACGGGAUGUAUGAUGGCAGUGCUCUCAUCAAGGCUUCCGGGAAACUAAUAUUGCUGCAGAAGAUGAUGAGGAAGCUGAAGGAGGGAGGACACAGAGUGCUCGUUUUCUCUCAGAUGACAAAAAUGUUGGACCUGCUGGAAGACUUUCUGGAGCACGAGGGCUACAAGUACGAGAGGAUUGACGGAGGAAUCACAGGAGGGAUGAGACAGGAGGCCAUUGAUCGAUUUAACGCUCCUGGUGCUCAGCAGUUCGCCUUCCUGCUGUCGACAAGGGCCGGAGGUUUGGGAAUCAAUCUGGCCACUGCCGAUACGGUCAUCAUCUACGACUCAGACUGGAAUCCACACAACGACAUCCAGGCCUUCAGCAGAGCUCAUCGUAUCGGUCAAAACAAAAAGGUGAUGAUCUACCGAUUCGUCACCAAGGCCUCAGUGGAGGAGAGGAUUACUCAGGUUGCCAAGAAGAAGAUGAUGCUGACUCACCUAGUGGUCCGACCUGGCCUCGGAUCCAAGACGGGCUCCAUGUCGAAGCAGGAGCUGGAUGACAUUCUCAAAUUUGGAACAGAAGAGCUCUUCAAGGAUGAGGGAGAAGGUGAGAACAAAGAGGAAGACAGCAGCAUCAUUCACUACGAUGACAAAGCCAUAGAGCGACUGCUGGACAGGAACCAGGACGCCACCGACGACACGGAGCUGCAGAGCAUGAACGAGUACCUGAGCUCCUUCAAAGUGGCUCAGUAUGUGGUGAAAGAUGAGGAGGAGGAGGAGGAGGAGGUUCAGCGGGAGAUCAUCAAGCAGGAGGAGAGCGUGGAUCCAGACUACUGGGAGAAGCUGCUGCGUCACCAUUACGAGCAGCAGCAGGAGGAUUUAGCUCGAAACCUGGGCAAAGGCAAACGUAUCCGCAAACAGGUCAACUACAACGACGGCUCUCAAGAAGACAGAGCUGAUUGGCAGGAUGACCAGUCGGACGGCCAAUCGGACUACUCGGUGGCAUCUGAGGAGGGCGAUGAGGACUUUGAUGAGAGAUCGGAAGCCAACUCCCGCAGGCCGAGCAGGAAGGGUCUGAGGAACGACAAAGACAAACCGCUGCCUCCCCUGCUGGCCAGGGUGGGAGGCAACAUUGAGGUGUUGGGCUUCAACUCUCGGCAGAGGAAGGCCUUCCUGAACGCAGUGAUGCGUUAUGGGAUGCCCCCACAAGAUGCCUUUACCACCCAGUGGCUGGUUCGAGACCUGCGAGGGAAAUCUGAGAAAGAAUUCAAGGCAUAUGUCUCUCUGUUUAUGCGGCAUCUCUGUGAGCCUGGAGCUGACGGGGCGGAGACCUUCGCCGAUGGCGUCCCCAGAGAAGGGCUGUCUCGACAGCACGUCCUCACCCGCAUCGGUGUCAUGUCACUUAUUCGCAAAAAGGUUCAGGAGUUCGAGCAUGUGAACGGUCAGUGGUCGAUGCCCUGGAUGGCCGAGCUGGAGGAGAACAAGAGAGCUGCAGCUCAGCCCGAUUCUCCGGGGAAAACGCCGUCCACCGGCACCCCUGCGGACACGCAACCAAACACACCUGUGCCAGUGGACGACGCCUCGAAGGAUGGUGAGAAGGACGUGAAAAAGGAAGCUGAGGCAGAGAAGAACGGCAAAGAGUCCUGCAAAACCGGCAGCGAGGUGAUCGCCAUCCCAGAUGAUGACGAGAAGAGUCCGUCAGCUGAGCAGGAGAAGAAGAAGAAGAACGGGGAGGAGCCGAUGGAGACAGACAAACCGAGCAAUGGUGAAACGGAGGGCGUGAAAGAGAAAGGAGAGAAGAUGGAGGAAGGAGAGGGUGAGAAGAAGAGUCCGGGGGGAGGGGAAGAAACAAAAGUGCCCUCUGAGGCAAAGACGGAGGAGUCAGAGGUCAGACCUGAGGACUCAGAGGUCAAAGCAGAAGAAAAGAAAGAAGAGAAGACAGAAAAGAUAGACACCACUCCUCCUGCAGAUGAAAAGAAAGAGCUGAAGGAGGAGAAGGAGGCUCAGAAGCCAGAGGACGCUGCAGCCAAACUGCAGAACGGAGACGGCAGCAAAGAGGGAACGGUGUCGGCCGCUCCCUCUGCGGCAAGCGGAGCCAGCGAGGAGAAGAAGAAGGCCAAGACUCGGUUCAUGUUCAACAUCGCCGACGGAGGAUUCACAGAGCUCCACUCUCUGUGGCAAAACGAGGAGCGCGCCGCCACCGUCACCAAGAAGACCAAUGAGAUCUGGCAUCGCCGCCACGACUACUGGCUGCUAGCCGGUAUCAUACAACAUGGAUACGCCCGCUGGCAGGACAUCCAGAACGACGUCAAGUUCGCCAUCCUCAACGAGCCUUUUAAAGGAGAGAUGAACAGAGGAAACUUCCUGGAAAUCAAGAACAAGUUCCUUGCCAGAAGAUUCAAGCUGUUGGAACAGGCACUGGUGAUCGAGGAGCAGCUGCGUCGCGCCGCCUACCUCAACAUGUCGGAGGACCCCUCCCACCCCUCCAUGGCCCUGAACACUCGCUUCAGUGAGGUCGAGUGCCUGGCCGAGUCUCACCAGCACCUCAGCAAGGAGUCCAUGUCCGGGAACAAACCAGCCAACGCCGUCCUGCACAAAGUGCUGAAGCAGUUGGAGGAGCUGCUGAGUGACAUGAAGGCGGAUGUCACCCGCCUGCCUGCGACCAUCGCCCGGAUACCGCCGGUUGCAGUCCGACUCCAGAUGUCUGAGAGGAACAUCCUGAGCCGCUUGGCGAGCCGAGCACCUGAACCACAGACACAGCAGAUGUCACAGCAGUAGACUGAACCUCGGCUCUUUACCUCGAAAACCACCCCCUGCCUCACCUCGACAUUCCUGAUUGGUGCACAGGAGAAAGACAGACUGCUCAAGCUUGAAGCCACGCCUAUUUUUUUUCUUACCCCCCCCACAAAAAAAAAGGACUCUGAAUUUUUCCCGGCGGAUCAAAUCCCCCUCCCAUCCCACCGAGAAUGAGGCUGUGGACAGAAAAGCUGUUUUAUUUUUUUCCUCCUUUUUUCAGCUUCUGUAUUAAUAUUAUUGAUAUAAUGUUAUUAUGAUGGUUUUUUUUGGGACCUAAAUGAAUAAAAAAAAUUAAAUAAA